UGCAGUAACCUACCAGUUGGAUUUAAGCGGGCCCGUGUGGCCACCCCCUGGAGAACGCGUGUAGUUGCUCGGUGCAACCGCUGGGCUUGUAACUUGACACUUGGCUCUGCGGUGCCUUUGCCCUGUCUUACCCACAGAGAGGCUAUUUAAAAAGGAAAAGGAUGGUUCCAGCGCUCCUGACUCCGUAACCCCUUCACGAACCGAACUUUCUUUCCGACUCCUACGUCCUCUACUCUGGAUCGGCAUAAAUGAAUGAACCACCGGGCAAUAACGGAAGAAAGUCAUCCGGAAAAUCUUCCUGUCUAACUAUCCCGUUAAAUCCAGGAAUUUAUGUCGGGCUUGAUAGGGGAAUCAUUAGGAGUUUUUUCCUCUGGAACGAUAUUUCAAGCUUCUCAAAUGUGUAAGACGGCGACUGGUGCUUUCUGUCCCCCUUGCAAAGGAGUCACGUUGUAAUUAAAGGGUCAGGUUUUUGACUGCCAGGACAAAUGAAUACAAAUGAAUUUAGGGACCCGAAGGAGAGAUUGCAGAACCUCUCAUCUCGACACAAAGAGAGCUCUCUUGCUCUGUACCGUUCUCUACUGUACUUGUUACCUGGGACUUGCACAAGUACAUCCUGAAGAUGUGGACAUCCUCCAGAGGCUGGGGCUCCAGGGAGACAAGCCGCCUCGCUCCGUCCCUCCCGGGGUCAUCCCCUUCCGCUCGGGGGUCAUCCUCACCCAGAGGGCCCGCCUGGAGGCUCCCCUGCGCUCCGUCAUACCGCCGCCCUACUGGCCAGACCUGGCAUUGCUCCUGAGUUUCCGCUCACAUCGUGUCAACAGCGCGUUCCUCUUCACCGUGCUCUCUGGCCGCAGGAAGCUGCUGCUGGGCCUGCAGCUGAGUCCAGGGCGCCUGGUCCUCCACACGGGGCCCCGGACCUCCGUCUCCCUGCCCUACGACCCCCACGAUGGCCAGUGGCACCACCUGGCCCUGGACGUGAGUGGGCGGACGGCCACUCUGUACGCGGCUUGCGGUGGGCAGAGUGUCCAUGCGGACUUGGUGUGGGACAGAGAGGACGGGGAGGAUGGGGGCAGGGACCCCCAGAGAAGCUCCUUCCUGCUGGGGAAGUUGAGCCAGCAGGCAUCGGUGCACUUCGAAGGAGCCGUCUGCCAGCUGGACCUGGUCCCCUCUGCGCAGGCAGCUCACAACUACUGCAAGUACAUUAAGAAACAGUGCAGGGAGGCCGACACUUACAGGCCCAACCUGUCCCCCCUUCUGCCCCUCAUCCCCCGGGACCCCAACACCACGGCCACCCGGGCCCCCUUGGCCCUGGUGCCCCCGGACAUGGCCAGGAAACCUUUGGGCCUCAGCCCAGCUCGGACCGCCGCUGCUGCCGCCUCUGCUGUCCGCUACGUGGCUCCUUCCCUCCCGUUAAAACCCACCAGUCCACCUCCUCAGCCUUCACCAGGCACCGUGGCAACCGCCACUGCUAGGCCGGGAGUCGUCUCUCUCCCCAAGAUCCGAACACAGACCGUGACGGUACCGCUCAGAACUGGAAUCCGCCACUCCUUGAGACCCCCCACCCCCAAACCCCCCAGGCCCACCCCUGCCAAGCCCACUCCCACCCCCAAGAAGACCACGGUGGGUCCAAACACCAGGAAACCUGCUGGCUCUUCCACCGCUGAAGGUACCAACACCAAGAAGAAACCAGCCAUGUCGGAUCAGGUGCCAGGAAGCACAAGUCUUAAGAAACCACAACCCACCCCAGCCAAAAAGUCCCCUCCAAAGCCCAAAGCCACCCCUGCUAAAGUCGCCCCUUCCAAAGUUGCCCCAUCUAAACUCAACCCCUCUAAAGUUGCCCCUUCUAAAGUUGCCCCUUCCAAAGUUUCCCCAUCUAAAUUGGCCCCGUUCAAAACCACCUCAUCCAAAUUCACCACCCUCAAGGCCACCAAGUCCCCUGCCAGUCCCAAACAACCCCGGACAACGAAGGCCCCCCUCACCCCCAGGUCCACCCCCAGAUCCCCAUACGCCACGGUCACCCUGCCGGCCACGGACGGAUUCCAGACCUGGGAUGUGGAGCCCACCUAUUACUCCCUGCUGGAUGGAGCCCUGGGGCUGAAGGGAGAGCCAGGACUCGCAGGACCACCAGGACCUCCAGGGAAGCCAGGCCAACCAGGGAAGAGGGGCCCUCGGGGAGCCCCUGGUCCCCAUGGCAACCCUGGUCGACCUGGUCCGCCAGGGUCUAAGGGGUGGAAAGGCGACCCAGGGCUCUCUCCUGGUACUGCACCUAAAGGAGCGAAGGGAGACCCAGGACUUCUGGGACCAGUUGGGCUGACGGGCCAAGUCGGUCGAAAGGGACAGAGAGGGCAUGCUGGUCCCCCGGGUCACCCAGGAGAACCUGGAGAACGAGGUCCAGACGGAAGCCCAGGUGCCAAAGGUUAUCCUGGCAGGCAGGGGUUACCAGGACCUAUAGGAGCCAUGGGACCCAAAGGAGCUCGGGGCUUCAUUGGAAUCCCAGGACUGUUUGGCUUACCUGGCUCUGAUGGCGAAAGAGGCAUUCCUGGAGAACCAGGGAAGAGGGGCAAGAUGGGUAGGCCGAACGGUCUGGAAGGACCCAAGGGGAAGAUGGGAUUGAGAGGAUUACCAGGACCUAGAGGGGUGCCCGGACUAGAGGGAGAAGAGGGCCCACUCGGACCACCAGGGCCGACGGGACUGGAGGGCAGAGUUGGCAGGAAGGGCUUCCCUGGCAGCAUUGGGACCGAGGGGGUCAAGGGGGAACUGGGGAUCACAGGAAAGGCAGGACCCAUGGGUGAAAGGGGUUUGGUGGGCUUCAUUGGGCCUGUGGGAGAAACGGGGCUGUCAGGAGAGAAGGGGGAUCGAGGCGGGAUGGGCCUGCCAGGACCGCCAGGAGAAAAAGGAUCCAACGGACACCCAGGGACACCAGGUGAAAGUGGGCCAUCCGGGCCACCAGGAAAUCCGGGAACCCCUGGAUCUCGUGGGCCCAUCGGUACCAGAGGACCCAAAGGCAGGCGGGGUGCAAGAGGCCCAGACGGUCCAACAGGCGACACAGGGUUAGAGGGCAAGAAGGGUCUUGAUGGUCCUCCAGGAAAAAAGGGAUUCCCGGGAGAGCAGGGAAAGAUUGGAGAGUCGGGAGAAGCUGGGCCUCCAGGGUUCCUUGGUAUCCAAGGACCUUCUGGACCUCCAGGAGACAAGGGAAUCGUGGGCGAACCAGGACCCCCAGGGCCACCAGGGACAGUGGGACCACUAGGAGAGAUUGGUCUGAAGGGUCCUCCGGGCAAGGUUGGAGAGUCCGGAUUGCCAGGCGAGCCCGGAGAGAAGGGAGCUCUUGGUGCCGCUGGGAACACAGGAGAACAGGGACUAGUAGGGCAGCGGGGAGAACUAGGGCUGGAGGGAGAAGCUGGGCUUGCUGGUCCUGAUGGAACCAAGGGUGAGAAGGGUGACAUGGGGCAGGAAGGAGACAAAGGAGAGAAAGGAGAAACUGGACUGAAGGGAAAAGAAGGACCUCCAGGAGAUCCUGGACUCACCGGCGUUCGAGGUCAGGAAGGCAAAUCUGGCCAGAUUGGUGAGCGAGGCAAGCUGGGACCAAAGGGAGCCAAAGGUCACCAGGGUCACCUGGGGGAGACUGGAACAGUCGGGAAGACGGGACCAACUGGGUUUGUUGGGCCAAAGGGCUCAAGAGGAACCAUUGGACCUGUGGGGGCCCCAGGAAGAAUGGGUCAACAAGGGGAGCUAGGUCUGGCUGGUUAUGAGGGUCACCAGGGACCCCAGGGCCCAAUAGGGCGUCCAGGACCAAAAGGUGAAAAGGGUGAACAAGGGGAUGAUGGAAAGGUGGAGGGGCCUCCUGGUCCUCAGGGUGACAUUGGUCCACCAGGCAACAGGGGGGAGAGGGGCGAGUCGGGGGACCCAGGAUACAUAGGUCAGCCAGGUGUGGAUGGAGACAGAGGCAAGCAUGGCGCCACCGGCCUGCCCGGUCACGCUGGACCUCGCGGACAGCAAGGCCCCAAAGGAGCCAAAGGAGAUCUGGGUCAGAAGGGCAAGCAGGGUCAGAGAGGACAGAAGGGGACCCGAGGAACUCUGGGUGUGGUGGGCCUGCAUGGUCCGAGGGGCGUGGUGGGCAGAGAGGGGCAGGAGGGUGCCCCGGGGCCGGACGGAGCUCCAGGAAAGGACGGGAGCAAGGGCGUACCGGGCGAGCAAGGGGACGACGGCGAGUUUGGUGUGCCUGGAAACGCCGGUGCCCGUGGCAAGUUGGGCGGGCCGGGGUUGCCGGGUGAGCAGGGAACGUUUGGACCCAAGGGAGAACGGGGGCUCCCGGGCCAGACCGGCUCCCCAGGGAAGAGGGGGUUCAGAGGAGGGAUGGGCCUCCCCGGACCACAGGGGGACCAGGGGCCCAAAGGACAGCCGGGUGAUCCUGGGGAGUCAGGAUUCCCAGGAAUUUUGGGAGUGUUCGGACCAAGGGGUCCUCCAGGGGACUUUGGGCCCAAGGGCAUACAGGGACCUAAAGGGCCACAGGGGACCAUAGGCAGAAGUGGAGUGACUGGUCCCAUGGGCAUUAUAGGACCUGAUGGCAGCACAGGACCUAAAGGAGACAAGGGCAGCCGUGGAGAGAUGGGGAUACAAGGCCCUAGGGGUCCUCCUGGACCUCGCGGACCUCCAGGACCCCCAGGUCCUCCCGGUAUCCCUCUCCCCUUCAGCGACGAGGGGCUGCAAGUGUUUGUGGACUCUCACUCUCCAUUCAGGACCGAGAGCAAGCCGCUGAUGGACCUACCCAUGUUGGAUCAGGGCACAGAGAUCUUCAAGACCCUCCACUACCUCAGCAGCCUGGUCCAGAGCCUGAAGAACCCACUGGGCACCCGUGACAACCCCGCACGCAUCUGCAGGGACCUCCACAGCUGUGAACAGAGGAUGAACGAUGGCACUUACUGGGUCGACCCAAACCUUGGCUGCUCCUCAGACAUGAUAGAGGUGUCCUGCAACUUCACAGGAGGAGGGCAGACCUGUCUAAGACCCAUCACUGUCUCCAAGUUGGAGAUGAGUGUGGGCCGUGUCCAGAUGAACUUCCUGCACCUGCUGAGCUCGGAGGCGGUGCAGCACGUGACCAUCCACUGCCUGAACAUCUCCAUCUGGAGGAGCUCCCCUGACCUGCCACCUUCCCAGGAGGCCGUGCGUUUUAGGGCCUGGAGCGGGGAGAUGAUCGAGGUGGGGGGAGAUCUAGAGCCCUAUGUUCUCGAAGACUCCUGCUGGAUGAAGGAUGGCCGUUGGCACCAGACCCAUUUCCUGUUGCGUUCCCAGGACCCCCAGCUUCUCCCUGUGGUGAACAUCUACAACCUACCCCUGACCACGCCCGGAUCUCACUACCACCUGGAGGUCGGACCUGUGUGCUUCCUGUAAGGCAGCCCAGUGUGUAUGCGUGUGUGUGUAUGUGUGUGUGAACAGAGACGGACCCUGACCUCUCGGACACCCCCCUCCCACUCUCUCCCACCCUGAAAAAGCACGGUCCAGAAGGGAGACCCGCCUCCCCCACACAUCACCACCUCACCCCACCUCGCACUGCUACCCCCUUCUCUCAGUAGACUGAUGUAACAGAGGGAGGAGGUGAGGGAACCGGGGGCAUGGAUGAGGUGGAAGAAGAUGAACAGAGAAGGAAGAGGAGUGGAGUUCUCGUACGAGCGGCUUCUCAAAACAAAGGCAAUGCAUCCUUCCAGCUGGUCAGGGAAGGGUUGACCCCCAAGCAGGCUGUGGAUGUGUGCUCGGAGACCACGCUUGAAGCCCCACACAAACUCCCUCUCUGGAACAAUGCCAGGUCGAGGGAGAGUCAGGCCAAGUCAAUACUGCCAACUCCCCUCCCUCUACCAAGAAACUUAUAGUAAAUUAUUAUACAGUUUGUACUUUUAAAUAAAAGGAACAACAUUCUGUCCGAGAGAAUAAUUCAAGUACUUGGGAACAGUUAAAUGUACAUAUAUAUGUAUGCUUAUUCUUUAAUGUUUAAACAUGUAUAACUUCAUGUAAAGAAAUAAUCUUCAAGUGCAAUAGAAAAUAUAAAGAUAGUUUUAUAUUAUAUUCCAGACGUUGUCGGAUAAUGUCCAUUCAGGGGUGCUGUUUAUUCAUUUGUGCCAGAGAUGCUCGUCCUAUCUCCCCCGCCCUAUCCCCCCCCCUCUCUCUCACUCUAUCUUGCCUGUGUGAAUCUGGACAGGGAGACCCUGCACCUUUUCUUUGGUAAUGUCAAAUUAGCAGAAAGCACAAAAACAGAAUCCCUAUAAGAAAACUAUACAUGUUUCCCAAAGGUGCAGGACCCCUUCUCUCUGUCUGGUGAGGUCAGCCAAGGAACUGAUCCAAAGUCAGUUUGGUCAUUUCCCUAUGCAUGGUAAAGGUUAGAACUCUGAAAGGGUGAACUGGUCCUAUACCAGUGCCAUAUGCCAGUUCAUACCCAGAACUAGAGUUUUUGCUCCUGCCAAAAAUAGAUAGAUACUCAUAGCCCCCAGGAUCACAUUCCCUCUAGCUAGGGCCCAUUGGGUCAUAUUCCCUCUAGCUAGGCCCCCUUAGGAUCACAUCUCUUCUAGCUAGGGACCAUAGGAUAAAAUCUCUUCUAGCUAGGCCCCUUAAGAUCAUAUCUCCUCUAGUUAGUCCCCAUAGGAUCCUAUCCUUUGUAGUUCAAUAGGAGAAGGUAUGGAAGGAGAAGAUCACACCUCUGCUUGGUCUCCUCUAGGUCCUACAAAAACAUGGUGCUGGUCUAAGUUGUUCAUGUUCUUAAUAGUCAAAUGAGAACGGGAGUCAGACGUAUAACAAAGCAGGACUGAAGCGGUGCUAUCCACCCAUUCUGAGGUGCUACGGUAACCUGGUGCUCUUACAACAGGUCACACCACUCUGCCAAAGCAAACAAAUACACACAUCCAUGUCACCAAAGUUCAGCAUCUGUAAUGCACCCUACAUAGACAGAUGUAACAGAUCAAAUAACUGAAUAGAUAACUGGAUUAACUGGUCGUUAACAUACAGUUAAACUUCUGCCACAGAACCAAACCAACUUGACAUCAACACUGAGAAGAAAAUUGUUUAUUUGAAAGGAAUUUUGGAGAAAUAUUGAAGAACAUUUUUGAUUAUUAAUUGUGUAUCCAUUCAUAAAAUGACAGGGUUUGAUGUUUUAAUUUUUUUAACAUGGCAUUAUCAAUUAAUCUGUACAAAUCCCACCAAUGUAGGUAAUAUUUUACAGCUAGGUAUGAUUAAAUAGGAAAAGCCUUUCGUUAAUAUUGAACACAUGUGUAUAAUUAUGCAAGCCGUGUUGUAUACAGUGGAUCCGCUCUUGCUAAUUUAAUGUUAUUUAAAUGUUGUUUUACCGUGGUUGCCGAAUGAGCAAGGCUCUCUUUGUCAAAGCAAUGAAAGAUCUUUUCUCUGAUAACUUUAUGUAUCAGUUUGCCCAACUGGUCUUGGAGUUUAUAGAUUUUUAUUUUAUGUGUAAAUUUGGGGCUCCAGAGAACAAAUUUAUUGCAAUGUUUAUUGUCGUUUAUUUUUUUAAUUUUUGUUUUGUCCUUCUCAGAUUCUUUUCCUCUAUGAUAAUCAAACAUGUACUGUACCGGCUAUAACUUGUGUUUUUAAAGAAACUUAUGUCAAUGUGUGAAAGUUCUGUUUUUGUAAAUCAGUUUAAAACGUUCAAAUGAUUUAAGAAUACCUCACAAUUUACACAUUACUCUGAGGACCCAUUCUCUGGUGCCUGUGUACUCUAUUUCCUUCUUGGAAAAUAUUUGCCAAAUAUUUCACAACUCUCCAUGUCAGACUAUUACAGGUGCCAUCAUACAUUUGUCUUUCCCUUUCAUUUUUAUGUACCAUGUUCAGUUGUUCAAUAAAUACUUUUUAAACUGGGUUUGGACCUGUUGGUUUAAACACUUGCAUACCCAAUAAAAAUAUUUCUUUUUCUACA